GAGAAGGGAUGGGUAUGCAAAAUGCAAAGAGGAGGAGGAGGAAGCAGAGAGGCGAGUGAGUCAGAGAAGAGAGGGAGUCAGAGGAGAAAAGCUUCGGGGCUUGGCUAACAGUGAGCCUCCAGAGCAGUGGGGAAGCUUAAGCCACUAACAAGUCCCACAGGAUGAGGCCACACCAGGGGGACCACGUGACACUGAGGCGAUAACUCCAAACUGAAGCCAAGCAGCUCUGUAGCUUGCAGCCGUAACCUUCAGGGACUGAGAGUCCUGUGCUUCAUUGAGAUAAAGAAAGGUCUUCCACUUCAGCACGAUGGUACUGCCCCCCAAAAUGAGGCCCCUGCUGUUAUUCCUGAUGUCCCAGAUGGCCAUCUUCAUUCUAUACAUCCAUUUGUACAACCACAACUUCAACUCCCUGUCCACGAGGGAGGAGCCCAAGCCCAUGCAUGUGCUGGUCCUGACUUCCUGGCGCUCUGGCUCUUCUUUUGUGGGGCAGCUUUUUGGACAGCACCCGGAUGUCUUCUACCUGAUGGAGCCUGCCUGGCACGUCUGGAUGACCUUCACACAAAGCACCUCCAGGAACCUGCAUAUGGCGGUGCGGGAUCUGAUACGGUCCAUCUUUCUGUGUGACAUGAGCGUCUUUGAUGCCUACAUGAAACCUGGUCCCCGAAUACAGUCCAGCCUCUUCCAGUGGGAAACCAGCCGGGCUCUGUGUUCCCCGCCUGCCUGCGACGCCUUCCCAAGGGAUGCCAUCAUAUCAGAGGCUCAGUGCAAGAUCCUAUGCAGCAAACAGCCCUUUGAGAUGGUGGAGAAGGCCUGCCGCAACUACAGCCAUGUGGUGCUCAAGGAGGUGCGCUUCUUCAACCUGCAGGUGCUCCACCCGCUGCUGAGGGACCCUUCCCUCAAUCUGCACAUCGUGCACCUGGUUCGGGACCCCCGGGCGGUGUUCCGUUCCAGAGGACGCACAACAGCAGAACUCAUGAUUGACAGCCAAAUUGUGAUGGGACAGGAGCAGCAGAACCUCAAAGAGGAGGACAAACCCUACUAUGUGAUGCAGGUUAUCUGUCAAAGCCAGAUGGAGAUCUAUAAGGCCGUGCAGACCUUGCCCAAAGCACUCAAGCAGCGCUACCUGCUCGUGCGCUAUGAGGACCUGGUCCAGAACCCCCGGGCCCAGACUGCCCGGAUGUAUAAACAUGCAGGGUUGAAAUUCUUGCCACACCUCCAGGCCUGGGUACACAACAUCACUCGAGGCAAGGGCACGGGUAGCCACUCCUUCAAAACAGAUUCCAGGGAUGCCCUCAGUACCUCCCAGGCCUGGCGCCAGUCCUUGCCUUAUGAAAAGGUUUCUCGACUUCAGACAGUCUGCGGUGAUACCAUGAACUUGCUGGGCUACCGCCAGGUCAGAUCUGAGCAAGAGCAGAGAAACCUGUCGCUGGGUCUUCUGUCUACCCUCACCCCUUGAGGAGACUCCGUCCCCAUUGGCACCAGCCUCAGCUACAUUAUCUGAAGGCUGCUUAUGUCUGAAAUUUGCUUAUGUCUGCUGGUGUACACGUGAGCUCAAGCUGUGCCCACACAUGCUCAAGCCAAGAAAGCUUUAUAGCUCUACUCAGGUCUAGAAAAGAGACUCAAUAACUGUGUGUUUGGCACAUUCCACCACUGGAGAAGGAAUACUGCCAUCUCUCCUUAGCUUUCCUAUCUGUGUAUACCUCAGAGACUUCUUAGCUGGGGUCCUAUUUGAUACCAUACAGUAUCAGUGGAGUAAGUCCAUUAACUUCUCUGUCCAUAUCUUGCCCAAUGGGAAAGGACAGGAAAUGGGUCUUCCAGUAAAGAGCCCAUCAGUCCAUUCCACAGUGAUGUGAACUCAGAGUUCCCAGUAGAUUAAAAAAGAGGGUGAGGAACAGGAUUGGACACUUACCCAUGAGGUUGGACAACAGUUAUCCGUUAUCACAAAUAUGAAACAAAAUCUCUGCACAACAGAGCAAGCUCUUAAGUUUAAGGGGUGGCUGGGCCUGAUUUUCAUGUCAUUUCUCCUCGGUGUUUUCCUAAUACAUGGAAGAUUUCCAACUGGGAAGCUACCAUCUGUUAACAUUGAAAUU